AUGAGUAGUCGUGCUGAGAAGUUAAGGAAGUUGCAGAAGUUGCAAGCAUCUCAUGGAGGUAAUAGUGGUAACGAUGGUAAUGACGAUAGACUCUAUGAUGAAAUAGAUGAGAAGGAAUACAGACAUAUGAAGUACAAAGAACUACUUCAGGAUGAUUUUGUUGAAGAUGAUGAUGGUUUUGGAUACGUUGACCGUGGUGUAGAAGAUGUGGAAGAAGAUCACUACAGCGAUGAAGAUAUAGAAAACGAUAAUGUGAAUAACAGAAAAAAGUCAAAGGAGACUAAAGCUAAAAGUGCUAAUAAUAAUAAUGGCAGCAGUGAAAGGAAUAUAGGUGAUAUGCUUCGAUUACAACGGGCAUCAGUACAGUUGAAUAAACCCACAAAGAAAGCCAAAGAUAUUGAUGAAUUUGAUGAUAUAUUGGGUGAAUAUGAAAAUGAACCUAUGGUAAAACCUACUCAUAUAAGGCCAGUACUUUCACCACCUAGUAUCAAUCGUAAUAAUACUAGUGUUAAAAGGAAUAUACCAGCGUCUCAAGAAGUUUCUAACAAGAGACUUAAGGUGGAUUUGGAAAAUAAUGCUGAUGAAGAUUUUGAAAUGAACUCUUCACCACUAAAACCACGUAGUAUUAAAAGAAGUCAAGUAGACUUAAAUGCUGAACCUACUAAAGAUAUAGGUAGCUCUCCCACGGCUCCCAAAAGUUCUGGACUACAAAAUGAUAAUAAAGAAAGUAAUGAUGAUGAUGAUGAUGAUGAAAGUGAUGAUGAUAUUUUUGUUGGUAGAAGACCCGUUAAGCGAGUAGCGGCUAAAAGAGAAAUCAAUUUAAGCUCAAAAUCGAAUUUUUUAGCUUCUCCUGUAGUAGCACCAGGUACACCACAGAGUAGUAGUAAAGCAGGUUCACAAUCACAACGAUUAAGUUCACCAGAGCCAUUGAACUUAUCCACAGGUAAGUUGGGUAAGGAUCAGAUUGUAGAUCCAGAAACAGAAAGUUUCCAAAUGUUCUGGCUAGAUUUUUGUGAAGUGGAUAAUACUCUAGUGCUAUUCGGUAAAAUUAAAGCAAGAGAUGGAUCAUUGGUCUCUGGAAUGGUUCAAAUCAAUGGAAUCUGCAGGGAGCUGUAUAUUUUGCCACGUGAAGACAAGACUCCUCAAGACGUUCAUGAUGAAAUCAUCCCGCUGCUAAUGGGUAAAUAUGGGUUAGACAAUAUUCGCGCUAAGAGUGAAAAGAUGAAAUAUGCAUUUGAGCUCCCGGAUAUUCCUCGUGAAGCUGAUUAUUUGAAGGUAUUGAUGCCCAUAAAUACACCAAAAUGCAAAUACGAAACUAUACCUCCAGAUCUUUCUAGUGAUACUUUUUAUCACGUAUUUGGCGGUAAAAGUAGUGCCUUUGAGAGUUUUGUAGUUCAGAAUAAGAUUAUGGGGCCCUGCUGGUUAGAAAUUAAGAAUGGUGAUUUUUCUGCUCUACAGAAUGCCUCUAAUUGUAGCGUUGAGUUGGCGGUUGAUAGACCUCAGAAUGUUAAACCCUUAGAUGCCAAAAAUAUACCCGAGCUCAAUGGGGUUUCAUUAACAAUUCAAACCAUUAUGAAUGUUAAAGAGAACAAACAAGAGAUCGUUGCCAUAACUCUUUCUUCAUACAGGGGUAUUGCGGUUGAUUCUCCGAUCCCAGAAGACUUACAACCAAACGAUGUGACCACAUUGGUAAGGCCACCUGUAGGAUCCAGUUUCCCUUCCGGGUUGAAAGGUAUUGCUGAUCAAAAAUUGAAGGGUCAAGUUCGUUUCUGCAAUAAUGAGAAAAUCCUAUUAUCAUGUUUCUGUGCUCUUUUAUUGAGGUCAGAUCCUGAUAUACUCAUAGGACACCGUCUAGAAUCCUUACAAUUAGAUGUAUUGGUCCAUAGGCUUCACGAGUUGAACAUCCCUACGUUCAGUGCAUUGGGACGUCGUGCUAGAAGAGCUUGGCCUGACCGAUUUGGUAAGAAUAAUUCCAAUUUGAUUCAUUUCUUCAUACAAGAACUAAUAGCAGGUAGACUUUUGUGUGAUAUUGCUAAUGACAUGGGUCAAUCUUUGACCCCUAAGUGCCAAACAUGGGAUCUUCCAGAGAUGUAUCUAGUUGCCUGUGGUAAAGAUUCUACACCUCUUGAUAUUAAUUAUCAAAACCCACAUUAUCGAGAAGAUGCCGACACAAUGGCAAUGGCAUUAAGAGAAAAUAUUAAAAACUCAAUGAUAAUUGCUGAAAUCUCCUUUAGAAUUCAAUUACUAUCUCUAACGAAACAAUUGACCAAUUUGGCUGGUAAUGCUUGGUCUCAGACUCUGGGCGGUACUAGAGCUGGUAGAAAUGAAUAUAUUCUGCUUCAUGAAUUCUCGAGAAAUGGAUACAUUUUGCCAGAUAAAGAAAAUUCAAGGAAUAGGACUUCGAAAAGACCAGACACUACUGGUGCUCCUGAUGGUGAUUCCGGUAAUGGCGAUCCUGUUGUGUCUUCGAAGAAGGCUAAAUAUCAAGGUGGUCUGGUCUUCGAACCUGAAAAAGGUCUACACAAGAAUUAUGUUCUAGUGAUGGAUUUCAAUUCAUUGUACCCAUCCAUCAUUCAAGAAUUUAACAUUUGUUUUACAACUGUGGAUAGAAAUUUAGAAGAUACUGAUGAGCUUCCUGAGGUUCCUUCCAAUGACGGAGGUAAGGGAGUUUUACCAAGAUUAUUGGCCAAUUUAGUGCAACGUCGUCGUGAAGUGAAAAAGAUCAUGGCUACUGAAAGGGAUCCUCAUAAGCGUACCCAAUGUGACAUUAAACAGCAGGCGUUAAAGCUAACCGCCAACUCCAUGUACGGUUGUUUGGGUUAUGUGAAUAGUAGAUUUUAUGCCAAACCUUUAGCCAUGCUUGUCACCAACAAAGGUCGUGAGAUUCUUAUGAAUACAAGGCAAUUGGCUGAAAGUUUAGAACUUACUGUGGUAUACGGUGAUACAGAUUCGGUCAUGAUUGACAGUAAAUGUGAUAAUUAUGCCGAUGCUAUUAAAGUAGGAAACGAGUUUAAGAAGUUGGUCAAUGAGCGCUACAAAUUGUUAGAAAUCGAUAUUGACAAUGUCUUUAAAAAACUGUUACUUCAUGCCAAGAAAAAAUAUGCUGCAUUGACUGUCUCAUUAGAUAAAGAGGGAAAUGAACGUACCAUUUUGGAAGUGAAAGGUUUAGAUAUGAAAAGACGUGAAUUCUGUCCACUAUCUAGAGAUGUGAGUAUUCACGUAUUGAAUACAGUUUUGUCAGAGGAUGAUUCAGAAAAGGCAUUGUCUGAUAUUUAUGAGUAUUUGGAGCGUGUUAGAGUUCAAAUGGAGAAUAAUGAAAUAAGAGUUGACAAGUACAAGAUUAAUACAAAGUUAUCAAAAGAUCCCAAUUCUUAUCCUAACGGUAAAAGCAUGCCAGCUGUGCAAGUAGCACUAAGAAUGAGGAAAGUCGGUAGAGUCGUCAAAGCAGGUACUGUGAUAACGUUUGUAAUCACUAAGCAAGAUAAUUCUGAAUUAGAAGACAAGGAAAUACCACCAGUACCCGAAAGAGCGCGUGCCCUAAAUGAAGUCAUGGUCAAAGGCAAUAAUUUAAGGCCCGAUCCUGCUUAUUAUCUCGAGAAACAGAUAUUUGCCCCGGUGGAAAGACUUCUUGAAAGAAUUGAGAGUUUUGACGUUGUGCGGCUAACUCAAUCCCUGGGGUUGGAUACCAGGCGGUACUUGAACAGAGGACAAACGGCUGAAAAUAGUGCUGGUGGAAUCGACUCGUUGCAACCACUUGAAACUACUAUACCUGAUGCGGAGAGGUUUAGAGAUGUACAACCUCUCCAAAUUAGAUGCCCACAAUGUGAUCAAGAAUUUCCUUUUGGUGGUAUUGCUUCUUCGAACCAUUAUAUGAUGUGUUACAAUGGUCUACAGUGCAAGCACUGUAACCAUCUGUUUACACCAUUGCAAUUGACAUGCCAAUUGGAAAGAUGCAUUAGAUUACACAUUUCACUGUACUACGCUGGAUGGGUGCAGUGUGACGACCGUACUUGUAAUAACAGCGUUAGACGACAAAUUUCAGUUUUUGGUAAACGUUGCUUGAAUGACGGCUGCACAGGUGUAGUCCACUACCGAUACAGCGACAAGCAGCUCUACAAUCAACUGUUAUAUUUCGAUUCCCUGUUCGAUUGCGAAAAGAACAAAAGACAGCAACUAAAACCGUUGUAUGUAGAAGGUGAUACAGAUUUCCCAAGAGACCUACUGACGGAUUCUUCUAUCAAGGCGCUAAGUGAACAAAAUAGAGACUACUUAGAUGUGGGUCGCGGCGUUGUACAGAAGUAUUUAGGUGACUGCGGGCGUAGAUACGUUGAUAUGAGCAACAUAUUCGAUUUUAUGACCCCGGCUAAAUAG